CACCGGAAUUUCGGGACUUUGAUUCCGAACGGUGUUCGGCGUCUGGUCGUUCACAGGUCUCCCAACUGCGGACAGCACAGCGGAGCAGUAGGCUAGCAUAUUUGUAAAAUGAACCUUGAAGUACCUGGCGAUGAACUUUCUUUAGAGUCUGAAAGAAAUGCAAAGGAAAACCGGAGUCCACCAGGAAAUGUGCCUGAAGUGGGACAGCUUGUCGUUAAUGGCAUUUCUAAUGGCUACCAAGAGAAGCAUUCCAAAAAGGAACACAAGUCUGAACAUAAGGAGAAACACAGAGACAAAGAAAGGCACAAAGACAAGCACAAGGAGCAUCGGGACAAAGACAGAGACAAGGAGAAGCAUAGAGACAAAAGUUCAAGUGGAAAGGAUAAAGAAAAACAUAGCAGUAGCAGUAGCAAAGAUAAGGACAGAGACAGGGAUAGAGAGAAGGACAAAGAAAGGGAAAAGGAUAAGGAUAAAGACAGAGAAAGGGACAAGGAUAAAGUGAGAGAGAAGGAAAAAGAGCGAGACAAGGAUAAAGAGAAGAAACACAAAGAUGAAAGAAAGGAUAAGGACAGAGAACAUAAAAGUAGUUCUUCAAGUAAAGACAAGGAACACAAGAGCUCAAGUUCAGAAAAAGAACAUAAAAGUUCCAGUUCCAGCAAAGACAAAGACAAACACAGCAGCAACAGCUCGAGUAAAGAUAAGGACAAGGAUCGGCAUAGCAGUUCUUCUCAUCGCGACAAGGAGAAGGACAGAGAUAAGCACAGUUCCUCCUCUAGCAAGGAUAAAGAAAGGCACAGUAGUUCAAGUAAGGAAAAAGUUAGCUCUAGCUCUGAUAAGAAGCACAGUGACAAGGAGAAACACAGAAGUAAAGAAAAGGACCAAAAGGACAAAGUUAAAAGUAAGGAAGGCGAGCACCACAAGGAAAAGAAAGAAAAAGUUGAAAGGAUAGAACAACAAAUUGAGGUAAAAAUUAAGGAUGAGGUUCCUGAAGAGUCAGCUGAAAUGACUGAUGGCUAUCAAUCGGUCCCAGAAUAUCAGCCUGUUGAAGAUUUUAAAGAGGAACCCGAAUUUGAAGAUGGUGAAGCUAGUGGUGGUGAUGGUGAUGGUAUUACCAAUGAAAACAGCCUGCUUGAAGAGACUUCAUUGAGUAAUAUGGACCAUAGCAACACUUAUAUCAAGACAGAAUUAGAUAAUAUUAAAAUUGAGGAUAAUAGCUAUUACUCUGUGAAAAGUGAAGAAGAUACAGAGGAUGAUGUGCCACUGGCUUCACGCGCUUCUCCAGCUAUAAAGCGUAAGGUUGAGGACUCGGAAGAUGAUAUGCCACUUUCAGCCCGCAAAAAGGUUAAAAAAGAAAAAAAGAAACGAGAAGCUGAAAGUGAAGAGGAAGAAGACUUCAAACCAAAGAAAAAGAAAAAGGUGAAAGAACCGAAAGUUAAAACAGAAGACAAGCUUCCUGAGUCACCAAGAAAAAAGAAAAAGGAGGAAGAGCAACAAGAGGUCUGGAAAUGGUGGGAAGAGGAAAAGCAUACGGAUGGUAGGAAGUGGACAUUCCUGGAACACAAAGGACCUGUAUUUGCGCCACCAUAUGAAAGGUUGCCACCUGAUGUUAAGUUUUAUUAUGAUGGUGAAGAAAUGGCGCUCUCUGAGGAAGCAGAAGAGGUUGCUACAUUCUAUGCUCGUAUGUUAGACCAUGACUAUACUACCAAAGAAGUAUUCAACAAGAACUUUUUCAAAGACUGGCGUAAGGUAAUGACAGAAAAGGAACGGGCGAAGAUAACAGAUUUAUCAAAAUGCAAUUUUAAGCACAUGCAUGCUUAUUUUGUUGCAAAAUCUGAGGAAAGAAAAAAUAUGAGCAAGGAAGAGAAAAAGAAAAUUAAAGAACAGAAUGAAGAGAUUACAAAGAUUUAUGGUUUCUGUGUAUGUGAUGGACAUAAGGAAAAGAUAGGAAAUUUUAAAAUUGAGCCUCCAGGGCUUUUCAGAGGACGGGGUGAGCAUCCAAAAAUGGGUAUGCUUAAAAGGAGAGUAAUGCCUGAAGAUGUAAUUAUUAACUGCAGUAAGGAUGCUGUUGUGCCAAAGCCUCCAGAGGGUCACAAAUGGAAGGAAGUAAGACACGACAACAAUGUUACAUGGCUCGCAAGUUGGACUGAAAAUGUACAAGGACAAGUGAAAUACAUCAUGCUGAACCCAUCUUCAAAAUUGAAAGGUGAAAAAGAUUGGCAGAAAUAUGAGACAGCCCGAAAGCUUGCAAAAAGUAUUGAGAAGAUUCGGGCAGAAUAUCGUGAAGACUGGAAAUCAAAGGAAAUGCGUAUCAGACAAAGAGCUGUUGCUUUAUAUUUCAUUGAUAAGCUGGCACUUAGGGCUGGUAACGAGAAGGAUGAAGAUCAAGCAGACACAGUCGGUUGCUGUUCACUACGUGUUGAACACAUAUCUUUGCAUGAAGAGAAGGAUGGGAAGGAAUGUGUGGUAGUAUUUGAUUUCCUCGGUAAGGAUUCCAUAAGAUAUUACAAUGAAGUGUCUGUUGAGAAACGAGUAUUUAAGAAUUUGCAACUCUUCAUGGAAAACAAAUCCACUGGGGAUGAUUUGUUUGAUAGACUUAACACUUCAAUAUUGAACAAACAUCUGAAUGAGCUAAUGGAAGGAUUAACUGCCAAAGUUUUCCGAACAUACAAUGCUUCUAUCACAUUGCAAGAACAGCUUAAACAGUUGACUAAUCCUGAUUUCACAGUUGCUGAAAAGAUUUUGGCAUACAAUCGUGCAAACCGUGCAGUGGCAAUACUUUGUAACCAUCAAAGAUCUGUUCCAAAAACACAUGCUAAAAGUAUGGAGAAUCUGAAGAACAAAAUUGAAGCCAAAAAGGAACAAUUGGAGGAAGCAGAAAGGCAGUAUAAGCAGGCAAAAAGAGAGUACAAAAAUUUUGAAUCGGCCAAAAACAAGAUAGACAUGGAUAAGAGGAAAAAAGCUCUAGACAGAAUUAAAGAACAGUUGUCCAAGUUAGAAGUUCAGGCAACAGACAAGGAAGAAAAUAAGGAAAUUGCUUUGGGAACAUCCAAGCUUAAUUAUCUUGAUCCGCGUAUAAGUGUGGCAUGGUGCAAAAAGUUUGGUGUUCCUAUUGAGAAGAUAUACAACAGAACACAGCGUGACAAGUUUCGUUGGGCUAUUGAUAUGGCUGGACCUGACUAUGUGUUUUAAUGACAAUCCUAUUAGUUUUAUUGGCAAGUGUGAAGAUCGUAUUGUGUGUGAACUUGAGAUGGGGCCAUCAAAAUUAGUUAAGACCUUGUGUGCAGAAAGGUACCAGAAGAAUCUUAUUUAAGUUUUAAUAUGUUCAUGAAAUAGACAAUAAACACUUCAAGCAGUGUUUGCUGCUGGUUUUAUUGUGUUAGGUAAAUUACAAUGGUGAUUCUGAUGAAACAAGACUAUAUGCAAAACACAAAAGUUUUGUAUAGUGUGUGGGUACUAAAAGCAUCAGUAACUAGAGUACAUAUUUUAAAUUGAAUAUAUUGAUGUUGUCUAUUGUAUUAAAUUGUGUUAUGAAAUCUAUAUUUUUUAAUUUUGAGUAAAUUUUCUUAUUGUUGACAUGCAAGUGAACAUUCCUCCACAGCAUGAAAUGCAUACAUGUGGAGUAGUAAUAGCUGUGCAUGUUGAGUUUCAAGCAUGUUAUUUUGGUACAACUGUUUUAAAAGCUUUGUGAUAAGUUUUAAUUUGCUGUGUGACAUGGAAAAACAAGAUGCAAUAUGUAAAUACGGACUAUAUAUAACACUUAAAUUUUGCUCAUCAGUGAACACUUCCUUUGAUGGUAGGCAGUGAAAUUAUUUACGAUUAAAUCCAAGAGAAAGUUUUGUUUAACGUGAACAUUUGUGUGAUAAUGGCAAAGAAAGAAAGAAAGAUGAUUCUAUUGCAGAUAUUUCAUUAGUUUUCUGUUGGAGUGCGAGUCAUUUACAAAGGUGUUAUAUAAAGACAGUGAAAUUGUUAUGCAAUUAGAGAAAGUAUGUGAUGUGACCAUUUUAUGACAAAGAUUUAUACAGCACCUGUAAAUUUACUGAGAAUAUUCUUGUAUAUUACAAGGUUCCAGUGACUUUUCACAUUUUAUUUAUUAUUUUUUGUUUUUGGAAUAGUAUUAUAUCUGUAUGUAGCAGAUACUGUGAAAUUACAUUAUUUCACCAGAUUA